AGGAUGGGGAAGAAAAAGACAUAUAUAUUCUGAAGAGACCCGACUGUCUCUUAUUUCCCAUCAGUAAUUGUCUUGUAUCUCCUUCCUCUUGCUUGUUUUUGUGGUGAUAAAAAAAAACAGACAUCAGCUGGGCUGAGACGUUAUCCAUUCGUUGCCCGUAUUGAAGAUCUUCGCGGGAACCAGAGACACUCACUCUCCCAAUCCUACAAACUCACAAAGCACACGGGCUGUGCAAUACCCUGGACAUAAUCAAGCGACUAUAGUGGUCAAUAAUUCCCUGCCAUUUCUCAUUCUCUGUCAUUCUGCAUCGCGACUGUUUACCGCUACGUAUCGAUACGGUUCGGUACCACAGAUAGUCAAUCGUACACAACGCCACUUCUUGCUUACCAACACAGACUCUGGCAGUCCCCUUGCUACUGGCUAGAUAAGGGCUGUAUAUCAUCCUUCGAAGACCCUCUCUACUUCUUUCCUCCACACUUCGACAUACAGAUCCUCCUAUACUCCGGUCCUUUCAGGCUCCUAUCUUGAUCGGCCUGACUAUCUUUCACAUCUUUUUUCCUGUUUGACUUCAUCGCGCCUCCUCUUCUACCAUUCUCAUAUCCAAUAUACUCUGCACGCAAAGCCAUGGCCCCAGAAAAGCCGGCCCUUCAUCCACUGAAGACCCCCAAGAACAUGACAUUCCCUUCAGAACUUCGUGAACGCACCUACACAUGCCUCGACGCAGAUAGACCGGACAAGGAAGUGAAGAAAGAGGACGAGGAUGCCGAGAUCACCAUAACUCCUCCACCGGCAUAUACAGAAUUCCUCAAUACCUUCAGUCCUAUCUUCUCAAGCCCUACGCAUUCCCGUGCAAACUUUGCCAAGUACAUGCACGAUAAACCUCGUCCUUCUCCAACAUCAGCUCCCUCAAGCACUACCAGUACGUCUUUCGCCAACAGCUGCCCACAAAAGGACAUUUCUGUGGCUACUGUGCCACCGUACGCAGCAGCACUCUCUUCCAAGAGUCCAGAUCAGCUCCGUCACUUGCGUCUACCUCCUCCAUAUGCCCACUCACCCAUGGCCGACUCUCCCAGAAGUGCACAUACCCUUCGAUCGCCCUUCACGCCGUCAGACUACAGGAUGCGUCCCUUUGAUUCCCCCAUCAGUGAACAUGGGCCCACUAUUAGCAUCCGCCAUGUGGUUACAACCACCAUCACACUCAAGCGGGCUCCCCAGCUUGACCCUCCUCCGCGGGGGAAGAGAAGGAACGUUGCUCGUCGCAACACCUGAUCUACUUUUCUCAGAAUAGACUCUGGGCUCUAUACAUCCACUCGAUUACGUUGAACAUUUCUUAUGGUUAUGGCCGUUCUUAGCAUCUCAAUUGGUUUCGCAUCGCAUAUUUUGCACUCGUCUUUACUUACAUGUAUCGCUUAACCUUUUCCUUUGUUACGUGGGCCUGGUUGCUUUCGGGAAUUGCAUUUCUCCUAGUCUGGGCUGGAGCCCACUGGUUAGACCUAACGGAGUUUGGUGCGCAUGUACUGUACAAUGGGAUCUAAACAU